UGCCCUGCUUGGGUCACAGAUUCCAGCCGGGGAGCCUAGGGGCUUAAAGCUCCGCACAGCAGCGGCGGCGGCACAACGCUCCGUAAUUCCAUUUAAUAUCAUACGAUAUUGGGAAUCAAAAAGAGGAAUUGGAUUCUUGUUGCACAAAACAGGCCAAAGAAGAGUUUAUUUUUGAUUUUCAGUUUUAUUUUUUGUUAUUUGGAAGCCAAUCGGGUUGGGGGUCUGUGUGCUGGAACAAGGGACAAGCCUAUGGGAGGUUGCAGAACAGGGCUGCGCUGGGGAUGAAAUGAAAGCCGUAUGGGCCCCGGGUCUAAACACUACGAGUAUGGGCCCUUUAUUACCCCUCUCUGUGUGCCUGGUCCUGCCCCUAGCAGCUGCCUGUUGUACGGGCUACACAUCGGAUCCAGCAGUGGGCAGUAUGGCUGGGGGUACCUGGAUUAUGAUCAGAUUCAACAACUGUAAAGAGAACAUAAACCGUCUCGGCUCUUUUGCAAAUGGAUCCCACAUUGAUGUGUACAUGACAAAUCCGCAGCUGCCACGUAUAAUCUGUGAUGUGUACCCAGUCUUCUCGGCACCAUCUGCCAUAAACUGCCGGACCAGGCCUUCAGAGCAUGAAGCUAUCUACAUUGUGGAGGUUUUGUUUAAUGGGGAACCAGUGAGUCAGUCAAAAGAAAACCACUUUAUGUUCUCCCGAGCCCUCACUCCUGCGAUUCAUGGCAUAAACUCAUCAUUUGGGGUACCGGGAUCCAUCAUUGAAGUCUCUGGUUGGAUCACGACUGAAGUCUUUGAAAGCUAUGAGUUUAAUGAAGACUUUAUAGAUGGUCCUGUCAUUAUGGAUUCGAAAAGGGACGGCUGGUUCACUAUCUGUUCGUUAACUAACGACUCUACAAGCAUUUAUCCUAUCCGUGUGAAGGAAGGAUUCGGAUCCCUACAAUGUAAAAUUCUAGGAAAUUACAUCGGUUCCCAGAACAUCAGCUUCUCCAUCUUCAACAAGGGAAAGUCAACGGUGAGCAAAGACGCCUGGCACGUUAGUGCGAAACACGAACUGUUUAUGUUCCAGACGCACUCAGAAAUCUUUUCUGUGACUCCAGAACGUGGGAGUUUACAAGGCGGCACCGGCAUUACCAUUGUGGGCAAUUUCUUCCAGUAUCCUUGUCGUGUCAGAGUCGCAGGAAUCCCUUGCAAGAUUGGGUCUGUGUCUCCCAGAAUCAUUGUGUGUACAACGGAACCUGAACCUAUAACGAAGAAGGCGCCCUAUCCAGGUAACCGAGGGCUGCUUUAUGAACUGUGGAACGGAACCAAUGAAAUGAACGUUACAGGCAACUCAUCUGGAUACAGAAGAACAUGGGCGCCCAACGCCACUUCCCCAAGGGGGAUUUUCAUUCAACCAAACCAGCCUUUCAGAGCCCGAUUAAGUGGUUUCUUUGUAGCGCCAGAGACAAACAAUUACACAUUUUGGAUCCAGGCUGAUAACGAGGCGGUUCUGUAUCUCAGUGACGGAGAGGAUGCGGAAUCUAAGGUCAGGGUUGCCUCUAUACCUCACGGGGUGUCGUCGUGGUCUGACCACUGGGAACGGACGUGGGAUGAGAGGUGGCGACAGAAAUCCCCCAAAAUGAGCCUCACCCAAGGGAGGAAAUACUACAUAGAACUGAUUCAGCGUGGAAGAGGGUCCAAGGCUGAAAUGAGUGUAGGACUUCAGAUCCAUAACACCUGGCUGAACCCUGAUAUUGUGAAUAGUUACCGAAGAGAAAAACAUCAGAUUGCGGCUUAUUCCUCUCACCUUCCUGAUAUUCAGAUGCUGACUCUGUCUGGAGAAGGAUGGUUUCGCUUUUGUUGGGGAAAUGCAACGAGUAAUCUCUUGCACACUAAUUCCUCAGCUGAAUGUAUACAGGAGGCAAUAGCGGCCAUGUUUUCUGAAAGCUGUGAAACAGAGAUCCCUGCUGCGGAUAUUUUGCUGCACAACGGAUUUGAAGAAGGGGAGGAUGAUAUGGGUACAGGAGGCAGGACAGCCACUUGGACUGAGCCCUACUGUGGGCAAGCCAGCAGCUUCAUGCCAACGUGUCUUCUAAAAUGGAACCAUUCUAACCCAGCAGGAUAUGAGCUGAACACAUACACUCAUAUCUGUUUUGCAUAUAAAGGGCACAUUGCGGAUGAACUGAUCAUCUCCUUUUCCUAUACGGACACCUUUCUAAAUACAGUGAGAAACAAGCAUUCCUGUCAUUGGGAAUUUAAUGCAAGUAACCCAGAAAGGUGGAAAUUUGGCUGUACAGACCUGUGGGCUUGUGCCAAAGCCUCGGAUUGGCUGAAGGAUCUCCAUGUAAAUUCAUCACUGUUUGUUAGUGAAGUGGAACUUCAGAUCCCACAGAAUAUGAACGUCACGGGGAAUUGGUUUUAUGUCGAUGAAGUCUUUGUGGCCAAGAGAAGCACAACAGUUCUGAAAGAGGGACCUCAAUCUGCCCGGCCUGGGGGACAUCACCUUCAAAAAAUAGCAAUCACGGGCUCUUACCCUACAUACAAUCUCACAUCCGUGGUCGCUAACUGUGGCAUAAAUCUACCUCUCAUAGAACUGUGUGAUGCCGCUAUGGAGCCUACAGAAGACGGACAGUCAUUUACAUCUGGAAAUGAGACCGUGGCUCUUACAGUUCAAAGGUUACAAUCACCAAGCCCUCCCAUUGGUGGGACCUUUGCGAUCCAAGUGUCAGAUGCAUUAAUACCAGGCAUACCGGUACGUAUCUCUGCUCUGCACCUACGGGAGAUGCUCGGAAACAUAAAAGAAGCCGCCGCGGCUAAGUAUUUGACCGCUAGCGAUUUUAUAGUCACCAAAGAUUUGGAUACAUGCCACCAUGUGAUCUGGACACUAACCUGGGCUAGAAUGAGCGGGGACCUACCGAACUUCAUCGGGGUACAUGCUGAAAAUCUUACUGGCUUGAACCCCACUAUUAAAACUCGUGUUAUUUUUGAUGGAGGUGUGUUUAUCUGGCCAAUAUUGGGGGACAUGCUCGCUACUGCUAACAAGCUUCCUCAGGUUACAGUCCAUGUGAAUGACAUCCCAGCAAAGUGCUCAGGAUCUUGCUCUUUCCAGUACCUCCAGGAGCUCAUUCCAGUGGUCACAGAUAUAGAGUACUCCUCAGGACAUGGAUGCAGUUUUGAAGUUCAUCUCACUGGAUUGGGUUUUACACAAAUCGCAGAUGAGAUUGACAUAGAAAUCAACAAAACCAACUGCAAGGUCACUCAGGCCAACACAACUUAUAUUGCAUGUUGUACGGAAAGAUUUCUACCACUGGGAGAGAACCAUAUCAGACUUCAUGUCAAACCCUAUGGGCUAGCAAUUAAUGCUACAGGCAAUUACUUGUAUCUCAAUGUUACACCUCAACUCUUAUGGGUCACUCCUACAGCCAUCUCAGAAACUGGCGGACAGAAGGUGACAUUAACAGGAAUCCGUUUCGAUGAGCUAUCCCAAGUCCUGAUUGGAUCCCAGCCGUGUCACGUGAAUGCAAAUGGCUCAAACACAAUCGAAUGUUCUGCUCCACCCCAGGUUGGAAGACAGAAUGAGGAGGACAUCGCAAUAAAAGUUGGGGAUCAGUGGUUUGGCUUUCCGAAACGCAUCAAGUACGAUCCCUCCUUAAAUCCAGUAAUGGUGUCUCUGAGUCGUAACGUGAGCAGCACAGCAGGUGACCAGACGCUCUUUAUUAACGUGUCCACCGACAUUGUGAGCUUGGAGUUAGAGGUCAAGGUGCAAAAUUCUAUCGCCAAAAUGAAAAGCGUAACCUCGGAAGGGGUUGAAGUGUUCCUGCCUGCAAUGCCCCCGGGAUUGUAUAAUGUUUCAUUAACUGUCGGCGGAAUCAUAAUCAAAGCAGAAGGCUUUGAGCCUAUGAUUCAGUAUGUCUUGGAGGUGUUCAGCUUAGAACCAUGCUGUGGGUCUUUCCUUGGUGGAACCAUCAUCACCAUCUUUGGCCGAGGAUUUAGCACCAAUAUUUCCAUGAUUAAUGUGAUUGUUGGAAACCAGUCUUGUCCGAUCACUGCAUCAUCAGAAGAUGCAAUUCAAUGCCAGACACCCCCUUCUUCAUUGGCCGGCAGUCAGACGGAGAGCAUUCCAGUGCCCGUAAUGGUUUCCAUUUUAAACUUCACAACAGAUAACGAUUCCCCAGUUUCAAACACAAGCGGACUUCUUUUCAGCUACCAUCGUAACUUCACCCCGGUAGUAUCUAAUAUUUCCUGGAAUAUUGAAGGCGACGUCCUACUGCUUCACGUAGCUGGCUUUCAUUUACGCCACUCGGUCAUCCUAUUUAACAACCUCCAGUACGAAUGUAUUAACAAGAGUAAUUCCGAAGGAUUCCUCAACUCCAGUCUUGAGAUACCUCUCGACGAUCUUGAAGUUGGGAGAUAUGUGCUGAAGGUUUAUGAAAAGAGAUUGGGAUAUGCAGAUAUGAACUCCACGAUGAACAUGUUUGAAAUGUUCCCCCAGGUUCAGUCCGUAUCUCCUACCCGUGGAUCAGUUUGUGGAGGGACAGUCCUGACCAUACAUGGUUCCUUUCUCCAACCUGCCAAUCAUUCUGUCACUGUCCUUAUUUCAAGCCAUUACACGUGCUCUAUUGAGAGCUUUAAUAUUAGUACUAUCAGAUGCAUUAUUCAACGGAAGGGCAUAUUUCACACAUCGACUACCAUUUCUGUCAACGUUUCAGUCAUCAUUGAUGACCUACCUAGUCUAUUCCAGAUUUAUCACAUGGAAAGUGACUUGACUCCUAUGAUCAAGAAUGUAUCGUCUGAGUUGGACGGGGCAAUAUGUACUCUCUACAUUCUGGGGGAAAGAUUGCUCAGUAGACUGAGGGUUUUGGUAGACAACAUGUUGAUGUAUGACGUCACUGUAUGGAACGAGACAAUGGCCCAAUGCCGCGUGAAUGAUCUACGUCCAGGAAAUCACAGCAUUAGUAUUUCAAAUGUGGCUAAUGGUUUCAUGUGUUACCCGCAGUUAACUUUCUAUUUUCCAGUAUUUCCUCAAAUUUCAACGUUCAGACCCAUCAAUUUUGGCCUGAAUGGUGGCGGCCUCCUAACCAUCGAAGGCGCGGCUUUGCAAGGCCAAAAUGCAACCGUCGUCUUUGUCGGAAAUGACCGUUGUUCCAUAAAAACGGUCGGCUACGCGCUGAUCCAAUGCAUUGUUCCUCCUGGGAAUGGAAGUAGAACGUUGACUGUAGACAUAGAUGGUUCAAGCUAUACAGCUGGAGAUGUUCAGUACUUAGAAGAAUAUACACCGGUGGUAUAUUCUGUGCUGCAGUCACGUGACGUUUUAUACGUGGGAGUGUCAAGGAUUUCAGCUGCUUCUAACGUGGAAGUUUUUGUAGAGAAUUCACUGUGCACAAAUGUAUCAGGAAACUCCUUGUUCCUGCAGUGUCUGCCACCUCAACUGCCAGCUGGCAACUACAACAUACGGUGCCUUGAUAAUCUAAGAGGAUGGGCAUCAUCAAAUGUAACCUUUGUGUCUCGACUUGAGGUUACAGGGGUGAGUGGCCUAGGCUGCCCGGGAAGGCCGAGCCUGGACGUUUAUGGAUCAGGGUUUUCUCCUGGAAAUACUUCCGUUACUAUCUGUGGGACGUCUUGUGAAAUAUCUGACAGCCUCACCACGCCAACCAACAUCCAUUGUUCCAACUGGCACUUACACGACUCCUUGCUGUUUCUUUGCGAUGUGAGCGACCAUGAGAAUUGCUAUAGGAAACAAGAUACAUUCAUUCACUGCAAUGUAACCGUACAGUCCGGGGCUGGGAUAGUGACCAAGCCCGGGGCCUAUGUGUAUAUGUGCAGCGGUUGGAGGAACAAUGCUUUGUGCCUGGAAGUUAAAGCUGGAUCUGUCCAUACUGUACAUCUCCGUGGCCUGUUUGUCAGCCCUAAAGUGGAAAGUGAUAAAGUUCUCAUCUAUAAUGGCUCCUGCAGAAUUUCCAUAGCAACACAGGCAGAGAUGGAGUGCACGGCCCCUAAUCAACCAAUUACCGCCCAGAUUACUGCGAUACGGAAUAACCGGGGCCAGAACACUCAGGGCCAAGUGCCUUUAUAUUUUUGCAGUCUCUGGUCGAAAAAUUCCACUUGGCCUUCUGGGCAACCGCCAUUAGAUGGCGACAACGUCACGGUGGAAAGAGGUCUGAUGCUUCUUCUUGACACAAACACCAGUCUGUUAAAUCUGCUCCAUAUACAAGGUGGGAAACUGUUCUUUAUAGGCCCAGGACCAAUCCAUCUCCGUGCUCAUUACAUUUUGGUAACCUCUGGAGGAGAGCUCCACGUGGGAACUUCAAGAGAACCAUUUCUUGGUAAAGCCCAAAUUUCCCUCUAUGGAAGUUUCCUUUCCCCUCAAUUAUAUCCAUACGGUGCCAAAUUUCUGGCUGUCCGGAACGCAACUCUCUCUAUCCAUGGAUGGGUUCCCAGAGUAGCCUCCACACACCUGGCAAUGGAGGCAAUGGCCAAUGACUCAACCUUAAUUAUAACUGAUCCUGUCGACUGGAGAAUUGGGGAUGAAGCUGUGUUAUGUGGAGCACACCUUGGGGAACAGAGGCACCAAGAGGAGACUUUUAUCAUCAAAAAUAUUAGCAAUACUCUGAUUUCUAUCAGCCACCCUUUAAGGUAUUCUUAUAACAUUUUAGAACAACCGGUUGAAGGCACAAUGGUGUAUCUAAGGCCAAUAGUGGCCCUUCUAAGCAGGAACAUAAUAGUUCAAGGAAAUCUAACAACUCAAUACAUUGAUCACCAGAAGGAAUGUGAACACAUUGAGGACCCAGAUGCCUCUACGUGUCUGUACGGCAGAAGUGAAAGAAGCUUGGGAACAAGGGAUCUCGGAAUGGUUUUCAUAGCCCAAGCCUUUCAACACGAGCCCAGUUUAGUUCUCAUUUCCGGAGUUCAGUUCCGGCACAUUGGCCAACCGUUCAGGAAACAGCCCGGCGCCCUGACGAUUGCUGGAGAUAUCUGUAUGCCUGAUUCCUAUAUACGAGGAUGCGCUAUUACCCGUUCCUUUGCAAGGGGAAUCAGCAUUUCUGGGACUUCUGCUUUCACGCUAGAAAAUAAUGUUUUCUACGACAUUAAGGGCCACGGUCUCCUUGUGGGAGAACACUUAGAAGAAGACAUUGAGAUAAAAAAUAACCUGCUGAUACGAAUUUCAGGAGCCCACGGCCUCUCCAGCACUGAGGUGUUAGCUCCUGCGGCUUUCUAUAUAAGGUCCCCUUCUAAUAUCAUAGAGGGGAACACAGCAUAUGCAGCAGGAUAUGGCUUCUUGUACCACCUUUUCCCUGUUGGACCAUCCCAAGCUCGGCUUCAGUCCUUCCUGGAAAACACGGCAGUGUCAUGUCUCAGGUUCGGCCUAUGGUUGCACCCAGAAUACAAACCUUCAGGUAAAGACCCUGCAGUGUUUCAGGGGUUCCACACCUGGAGGAGCCGAGGAGGAGCCCAGAUCACUAGAUGUGGAAAUGUGUCUUUCAUAGACUUCAGAAUUUUUUCCUGUGAAGAGUUUGGAAUAAGCAUCUUGGAAAGCUUGGGGAACGCGGAGGUUUCUAACAGUUUCCUGCUUGGCCGCCUCAGUGGGAAGGACGAGCAUUGCAUGGCAGCAGGAAUACAAACUCCCAGAAGGUUUCAGGCCUCUAUUUCGAACACAGCCUUCAUGAACUUCAAUCUACCCAAGUGCAGCCCUAUCCGGACCUGUUCAGGGUGUUUUAAAGGACAAGGUGGCUUUACCAUCAAAACCCAUCAGUUGAAGUACUUAAACUCCUCCACUCAACCCACCUUCCCCUUCCCACAUUCCGCUAUAAUUGAAGAUGUUGAUGGAUCCCUCACUGGGUUUAGAAAGAGUCAUCUAUUGGCCACCUCUGAAAUUCUUCCCGACUCGUGUAACCGAACCAGCACCGGUGAUGUUCCCGCCAGUGUUUGUGGGAGCGAGGUGGUGUUCCACCGCAUGUCCAUUGGUCUAAAAACCGCCCCUGAAGUUCCUUAUAAUGUCGGGGUCUCUGAUAGGAUGAAAAAGAUGACCAACCUUAAUUAUGUACCAGAUACAUUAUCAAACCUGUACGGCUGGAUGGCUCUACUGGUGGAUAAGGAGACCUACACUAUUUUAUUCAACACAUCUGAUGGUCAUGUUGGUCUGGAUUAUUCAGUUACUUUUGACAACUUUGGACCAGGAAAUUAUAUCAUGGUGGAACACAAGAACCUGCCAAGUCUUACAAACAUUUCCAUCAUGUGUGGCUCCAAGCCGGGCAAACCCCUUCAGAGUCUGCCUUCUCCAACGAGAAACAAUGGAUGUGACUGGUUCUUUAAUAACAGCUCGGAGUCAUUAACCUACCUGGUUUCGGGCGAAGGCCAAGUAGGAGUGACUUUCCAAACAGGAGAGAGGUUGGCGCUUCCCACACCAGUGCCAAGUGCUCAACCUCAUUCUGUUUCCAAGUGGUCCCUUCCGAAGUCUUGGGAGGGAGUGGAGGAAGGUUGGGGCGGAUUUGGCUCCACAAUACCCCAGGCGGGAGAUGAUGUCAUCGUCCUACCAAACAGGACCAUUACGGUGGAUAUUCCGCUCCCUCCACUCGGAGGCCUUUAUGUACUCGGAACGCUGGAAUUUCCCUCUGCGUCCAGCAAUGUCCUAAAUGUGACUUGUAUCAUUAUCGCUGGAGGAGAAAUACGAGCAGGAUCCCUCGAGCAGCCCAUAGAGCCGGGGCAGAGCCUACAGAUAUAUGUCCGUGCCUCUGGGAAAGUGGCCUGUGCGCGCCUGGGCCAGCCCCGCGUCCCUGCUGGAGUGAUAGGGGUUUAUGGGAAGCUGCAGAUCCACAGUGCUUAUUCCAGCACAUCAUGGACCCGUCUCCGGGCAGAUAUUGCACUUGGAAAUGAAAUGAUUUCACUAAAUGACACGGUGGACUGGAACCCAGGAGAUAGCAUCGUCAUAAGCUCUUCCUCCUAUGAAGCCCAUCAAGCUGAACUUGUAAGGUUACGAGGUGUCUAUGGACAUCAUCUUCGGAUCUGGGAAAGACUUCAUUACAGACAUACUGGUACAGUCCAAAGCAUAGAUACCUGGAACAUUACACUGGCAGCGGAAGUCGGGCUGCUAUCCCGUAACGUACAGAUAAAGACUGACCGCGAGUGCUCUGGGAGAAUAAUGGUCGGACACUUUAAAACCAACACCGGUGAUGAAUACUCAGGACUCCUACGGCUUUCCAAUGUGGAAAUUGCCAACUUUGGUUCAUCUUUCUAUUCAGCAGUCAACUUUUUAAACACGACCCUCAGUUCUUCUGUAACGUCAUCCAGCAUCUAUCAUAGUUGUGGGGGCGCAAUAAAAGCCGUGGGGGCCAUGAAUAUUCUGCUGCAUGCUAAUGUGAUCUAUAGCAGCGUCGGCAACGGGAUACACAUAGAUGGGCACAAUCUCUCCCUCACAAACAACCUCCUCGUGUUAAUAAAGCAGCCCAAUAAUGAGUCUGAAUGGGUGUCAGGAAUAAAAACAAAUAGGGCCCAUGGGGCCUUUAUGCACGGAAAUGCAGUCGCGGGUUCUGAACGUAUCGGUUUCCAUGUAAAAGGACAAAGAUGUGACCCGGAAGAAAAAGUAUGGGCCAGAAAUGUUGCCCACUCCAGUCUUCAUGGGAUUCACUACUACUGGGAUGAUGGCUUCAAACAUUGCACAAAAAUAGCCGGAUUCCUGUCCUACAAAAAUUAUGACUACGGCCUUGUAUUCCACCUGGAAUGUGAUGUGGUGCUGGAGGAUGUUAUUCUGGUAGACAAUGCAGUUGGACUUUUGCCUGUGGUUUCCCACACAUCAACAGAUUCCAGCAAUUUAAGCAAGAAAUACAUACUGCUCCGCGAAUCUGCGAUAGGUGCAACAAGUCAAACGUUUGACUGUAUCAUGGACAGGAUCAAACCACUGUCUGCUAAUCUAACUACAAGAGAACGAGCGCCGCGGUCCCCUUUAGGAGGUCGCAUCGGAAUUAUGUGGCCACAGUUUACCUUACAACCCAAGAAAUGGCCAAGGUAUCCGUGGCACUUACUAGGAAGUGAUGGAUCUGCUCCAGGAAUUAUGAAAUUGCAAGAUGUCGCUUUCUUUGGUUUUACCAAGAGCUGCUACAGUAACGACGGGGAUAUCUGCAUAAUGUCCAAUCCGGACACGGCUGGAGUCAUGUGCCCAAUCACGGCAGAGAGAACCCAAAUGCUCCAUGUUGAAUAUGGAAACAUGCUGCACUUUCCGACUGCACUCAGCGGCGCCAACUGCCCUACCCCUGGCGGAUGCCGCGGCACACAGAGGGUCCUGUAUAAGGAUUUGGAUGGCAGCUCUGUGGGACUCCUUCCCCCUGUCUCUGUAUUUCCAAAGGAAGAUUCGGAUCUGUCCCACCCCUGCCUCAGCGCGGGCAUCUACAGGAGAGAAACUCAAUGCAGAUCUAACACCGAUCUACAGGGACACAUGUGUGAACAAACCGACCUCACUGUCGUGGUCCUUGAGAGAAUUGGAGAUGGAAGACAACCCAUCGCGCCUGUUAUCACAUUUACAGAGGACUUUAUUGAUAUGUUUGUCAGUGGCAACAUUUCCAUUGACCAGUGUUGUCACUCAGAAGACCAAUCAAUCUUCUAUUCUAUCUUGCCAGCCAAUAAAAUCACAAAAAUAUGCUUCAGUGCACCAACUCCCAAAGCUAUGAGACUCCAGCUGAUUGGAGGUCAGGAAACAACCAAGCUUAUUUUGGCAUUUUUCUAUAACGCCCCUCAGAGUUUCCUCGUUUUUUCCAACAGAAGACGAAUUCCAUCAUUUUUGCCUGAGGCUGAACUUGAUUUUGCUGAAAAAGAACACGGAUCGAACUUCUUCAGUUUCACAGAAAGUCUACUGUACGUCAUUCUUCAAGGUGAAGAACCUGUAGAAAUUUGGACCAACCAAUCUAUUUAUUUGGCUUUAUCAGUGGCCGAGGGGACUGGCAAGGAUAUCCAGCAUCAACUUCCGGCACAAGUGGCAAAACAUCUCAACAUUUCUCCAUCUCAAGUUUCAAUACUUCAGAUUUUAAGAGGAAGUUCCUUCACAUUAAGAGAUUUAACCAAUAAUCAGGCGAAAAGGAACCUCCAUUGCCCUGCGGCUUUAGAUGGCUCACCAAGGGUCAGGGUGAAACGGGACUUUGCAAGUAAUGUCAGACACCCCUAUAAGGAAGCGAGAAAUAACCAGGAAACCAAUCUGGAUGUGAUCAUAUUGGAAAUAAUAAGCAUUCCCGAUUCCCCUCAAUUUAGUACGAGCCAUUGGCCUUUAUCGCCACACUACCAACCUAUUAAUAUAGCUGACAGCGUUAUUAGUGCUUUACAGACUGGAGAGAUGGAGAAAAUGUUUCCUAUGGACAUUGAGUCAUUAAUGGUCAUUGAUCCAAUGCAGGACUUGAACGGAGACAGCAAAAGCAGUGUAACAGGGGGCGAUGUUGCCGUAUAUGUGCGCCCCCAUACCAUUCACAUCCAGGAGCAGCCGUGCCGUGGUUAUGAGGGAAAACCAUUCCUGGUGCAGCCAAAGGUCACUUUCUUGGACGCAAAGGGAAAAAGAGUGGAAAACGUGGGCCAUCCUUCCAACCCUUGGUAUUUAUCGGUUCAGCUCAAGAAUUCAGCUAUUUCAGCACUUAAAGGGAACACAACUGUGAUGAUACGAAAUGGAUGGGGGAACUUUUCCAACUUAGCCAUCUCCACCUUCGGAUUGAACUGGUGCCUGAUAUUUAAUGUUACAUCACCUCCGGGGGUUCUGGUCUCCGCUCUGUCACAAGAAUUCGCUGUUUAUCCAGUUCCCGCUGCAGAUCCAGAUAACAUCUUCCUUCUGGUUCUCUUGAGUUCUGCCGGAUCGGCAAUCGCACUGUUCCUUCUCUUGUGCUGCUUCUUCAAAAGAAAGAAAGGCGCCAAAGGUUGUCAAAAUGAAAAAUCAAGAAGGUUCAGCGGGGAACGGUUUAACUCUUUCAUUUGCAUUGGCGGCGGAAGAAGGAAAGAAACUGAGUAGUGACGGGCGAAAUAACUCACCAGGCAAAUUUCCACGUUUCACCAUUGGCCGAUUUUUUGGCAAACAGGUGUCAAAAUCCGAAAAAAUUGCAAUGCAUGGGCUGGGUUCAGGCCGACCUCGGCACAUCUUCUUCGGGUCACAGGGGGGUUCGGGUUGAGCUCUUCCGCUUACCCGCCCGCGACUUUACACUGUCAGCUUUCCGGUUCCAGCUUCUAAAUUUAUAGGCACGCGUCUGACUCACCCCGCCCCUAUAUAUGGAGGAGAGAAGGUGGGUAGGGUUUGGGAGCGGGUGGGUUAGGGUUGGGUGUGGGUAGAGUAUUUCUCAACCCACACGAGUGCAAAUUUUUUCCCUUAGACCGAUUCGGCAGCUUAUCGGCCCGUGUAUG